AUGGCCGAAAACUCAGGAAUAACCGCCGAAACCCUCGAGCAAACGAUUCGUAGCAAGUUGGAGGCUACUUAUGUUUCUGUUAUCGAUAAUUCGGGUGGAUGCGGACAAAUAUUCGAAGCCGUUAUUGUAUCCCCUCAGUUCGAAGGCAAGACGAGCUUGGCAAAGAGUCGGUUGGUGAAUACAAACUUAAAGGAAGAGAUUGCGCAGAUACAUGCUUGGUCGAACAAGACUUAUACGCCGGCGCAGUGGGAGAAGCUGAAGGAGAAAGAGGCGGGGGAGGCGUGA